AUGGAGCUGUUGACAUUUUUACAGAUUUUGGGCGGUUUCGUCGUAGCGAAGUUUUUGUACAAUCAAUGGAAGAUUUUCUCGUUGUAUUUUUUCGCCAGAGAUUUCGAUUUCAAAGGCGUCGCCGAGGAUGGAUAUGCGUUGAUUACCGGCGGUGCGGAGGGAAUCGGAAAACAGUGUGCUCUGUACUUUGCUAAAAAGGGCGUCAACUUGGUCCUUGUUGAUUUCAACGAGAGGAAAUUAGACGAAACGGCAAAAGAGAUCAAAGAAAAUUACUCGAUUUCCCUUAUCACCAAGGUCAUGGACCUAACCACCCUCCACGACCCAGAAGUAUACGCUUCUUUCGAAAAAGAAAUGCUCAAGCAAAAAAUCAGCAUUCUCUUCAAUAACGCGGGAAUGACAGAAGAAAAGAUAGCCUUCUGGAACUACGCUGGAUCGACUCCUUCGAAAGUUUCAAAGAUUAUGACUUUGAAUGCUGAGGUUCCUGUGUUGAUGACCCGAAUGGUUUUGCCCGGAAUGCUUGAGAGAAAAAAGGGCGUCUUGAUGCAUAUGGGCUCUGCAGCUGGCCUGGCUCCUAUGGAUGCAAAUCCUGUUUAUGCUGCGACCAAAUCUCAUGUGGUACGUUUAAAAGCUUGGACUAGCUUGACAACUUUCCUCACAAACGGGAUCAAGAAGAAGGUAUACGAAAACACGAUGGAGAGACUGAAAGAUAUCGCCUUCCCGAAAGUUGAGACCUGGUUCGCUUCCGCAAUCAAAACGGUUGGAACUGGGCAGAAUGAAUCUGGAGGAUCAUGGCUUUUUGAACUGUUUUCAAAUUAUCUUAUCAUGCAUUUUGAUUUUAAAAGAUUGAAGACGAUUAUUGAUCUGUCUGAAUAG